GCGCCGCGUCGGACGUAAUCGUGUCUGUUCCCAGCGUGGCGGAGUGUGGGCAUCCUAAAUUCGCCGUUUAAUGUUUUGGAUCCGGUGACGCGUGUGUUGUGUCAAGUUUUAAUACUUCGUACUCGCGGAGCCGACACACUUGUUGAAUAUUAUUCGCGAGGCGAUUUGGCGCAUCGUUGUAAGGUGGAUGGGCACGUUGACGGUUUGUCGCGUGCCUCGCGACGUUACGAGAUGCCGCGUGUGAUACCGAGAGAGAUGGAUCCAGAAAAACAGCGCAAUUAAUACCUGAAUAUUCUCUCGGUAACGGGGAAAAAUCUCGAACUACAUAUAAUGACUCUCUUCGAGACGUUGACAAGGCUGAAUUCGUUCGGAAACAGCCCCUAAAAUCGACUGUGGAGUGCACGCGAACGACCUCUUUCAGCGAUGUAAAGCGUGCGUGUACUGAGAGUUGCUGUAUUGUAAUUGUGCGGAUGUGCCCCGCCGCGUGUUAUGAGUCGAGUGCUGCUGCUGUUGUUGCUCGCUGCUGCAGGGAGGAAGGAAAGUUGCCGGAGGCAACCGACGACUCGGUGCCAGUCCCCAGGAUGACCCGCGGCUUGCGAAUGAGGCGAAGUCUGCAGGUGCUUGGAUUAAUUCUCGCAACCGCGUACGCCACCGUUUUGUUGUACCAGGCGGUUGCCCCCCGACAGUGGCUGGAGGAUCACCCUGAGGCCGUUGUCGGGGUUCCGGGGAACCCGGAGGACCCGGAUAUCGGUGUCGAGGUCGUUCCAAUAACGCCACCGUUUGCGACAGCAACCGUCGCCCCUUCUGGCACCGCCCUCACCGACGUCUUCAUCAGCGUCAAGACGACUCGACACUACCAUUAUUCCCGGCUGCCAGCAAUACUCACUACGUGGUUCCAGCUGGCAAAAAAUCAGACUUGGUUCUUCACCGACAAGGACGACGCCGUCUUCCAAACGAAAACAAAUGGCCACAUGAUCAACACCAACUGUUCAUCGUCGCACAACAGGAAGGCGCUAUGCUGCAAAAUGUCCGUGGAGUUCGACAAGUUUUUGGAGAGCGGGAAGAAGUGGUUUUGUCACUUCGACGACGACAACUAUGUGAACGUACCGCGACUGGUCAAACUGUUGGACGAUUAUGACCCGCGGGAGGAUUGGUACCUUGGCAAACCGUCGAUACGAGCCCCUCUCGAGAUAGUGAACAGGGAGGGAAAUCCACCGUCGAAAAAAUCGCUCAAGAUAAGGUUCUGGUUUGCCACAGGGGGUGCCGGUUUCUGCCUAAGUCGAGCCUUGGCGCUGAAGAUGAUGCCGGUGGCCAGCGGUGGAAAAUUCAUCAGCAUUGGCGACAAGAUCAGGCUGCCGGACGAUGUGACCAUGGGAUACAUAAUAGAGCACCUACUCAAAAAGCCCCUGACCGUCGUCGAGCAGUUUCACUCCCACUUGGAGCCAAUGAAGUUCCUUCACAAAGAGACAUUCCACGAUCAGAUAUCAUUCAGCUUCUCGAAGAACGCAAAGGAUGAAUGGAACAUCGUCAAGAUAGAUGGAUUUGAUCUUAAAUACGAUCCAAAGAGAUUCAAAUCCAUCCAUUGCUAUCUCUUUCCAUACUUCUCAUAUUGUCCUCGAAGAUGAUGAUCAUCGUGAAACGCGUAAGAAUUUCGGACAGCGAGAAUCUUCUCAAAGUAUGCGAUGGAUGUGAAGAAAAACGCAAUCGUCAAUCCAAAUUCCCGUGAUACCGUGUUACGGGUAAUACGGUACCAUAAAUCUCCCCUCACUUUGUUUUUCUUUUACUAAUUUAACGUUCAUUCAAAUUUGAAUGCACGUGUUGACGAUGGAAUUAUCGAACAUCUUGCGCUCAACAGAGGUUUUUAUCUCUGCGUUGAUCGAACCUUAAGCAAAAAACGAAGAUUCCUUGUUCCCAAUCGUCCCGAUUCUUCGUGCUAUUUUCAUGAGCACUCGCAUCAUAUUCUACACACACACACACAUACACACACACACACUGUGUUUUGAAAUAAAUAUAUAUAUACAUAUACGUAUACAGAUCUGCAUUACAUGCGUGGUUAUAUAUAUAGCGAGGUGUGUAAAUAAAAAAAGGAAUUUAUAUAUAUUACGAUUGAAAAUGUGAAUGUAAAUCUCUAAAAUUCGUAGUUUCGCUAGCUCGCGUAUCUUUUGUAUUAUAAUUUUCGCGGGUAUACGUUAUAUACGUAACUUGGUAUGAUAUCGUAAUAUAGGUAUGUAUAAACUAGUCCUCCUAGAAAUUAUUUAACAAUACCUCUUUUCAUUAUAGUAUAGUAUGAAUUUUAUGAAUUAAGCAACGGUACUAUAUAACAAUUUGUCAUAUUCUUUCAUUUUUUAUUUCUCUCGCUGUGAUGCAAUCGUGUGCAAUAUGGAAUCGUUUAUACUGUGUUAUUGUUAUCGAAAAAUUUAGUAAGCAAAUAACAUGCAGUAGCUAUAUUGGAACGUUUCUGUUUCAAUCUCAUUUGGUUUCUUCGUGAACCCUAGAGGAGACACGUUCUAUUCAUAAAUAUAUUUGUGUACUGCAUUGGUGUGAUAUAAUAAUAAUAAUCAUGUAAGUAACAAUAAGAAUAAUGAAUAUCGCAAUAACAAUAAGUAUUGUUAUUUUAAUGUAGUAGUAGCGAAAUUGUUGAUACUAUAGUAACGAGUAUAGAUAUAUGAAAUUAUAAGAUAAUAGCCUGGAUGUAAAAAGACGUUUGAUAAGUAACAUAAAAGGUUUUCGAUAACACUUUGAACGGUGCCGAUCAACUGUAAGAAUAACUGGAUUUCACUUAUCGACUAAUGAAUUAUCAAUAAGUAUACUAUCUUUUGAAAAACGGUACAUGUCCUGAAAACUUGAACAAUGAUCGUUCUAUUGCGAAAUGGAUUGAAGAGUAUCCUGUGUUUUCAACGCAUUCUGCAUGUAACUUCCAGUUGGUUGACCGGUUCAGACCAAACUGUAGUUCGUUGUGAAAUGUUGUCGUAAGGCUUUGUAUUGAAGAGGAUCUAUAUGUAUUAUACACAUUGCUAGGUGAUAACAUAUAUUCUUUAUUCUGUAAGUGAGUGAAUUUCAUGAUUGAUUGUGAGUUAAGGCACUCUUCACGUUACAAACGGAUUGCUAAUAUUCGAUAUCUUAUUGGAUGUUACGUUAGGCAUAUAUGUACGUUAUUUGGUGAAAAUGGAGAUUGCAUAAUGACUUUUGUACAUUGUCACGUUGCUCAAAGCAGAAUAAAAUGUAUCAUAGAACUGUUACCAUAUAAGGUGAUAUUGUGUUACCUACAAUGGCUAUAGGUUUAUAUCGAUGGGUCCCACUGAAACGCAGGUUCCCGGAUAGAACAGACGAAUCUCGCCAGAAAUGUAAUACAGACACAUCAUAGAAAAUGCUACAGCCAGUGUAUACAAAGCUCUAUGUAAUACUUGUACCAUCUUAUAAGAUACAUCCGUAAAACAUCUGUUUUCGUAGAAACCGUCGAUAUUAGGUAUAUAUCAUGUACAUGCUUCUACUCACGCCAGCAUAGUGAGGUAACACGUUGGUCAGCGAGAUAUAUCCGUGGCGUAGAAAAUGUUUGUAUUUUAAGCAUAUUUUGUAUCAAUAAAGCGUAAACUACAUACGA